AUGACGAACCCGAUCACGUUGCGCGCAACCCCCACCAUACAACGGGACCGCCCGCAACUACAGCCAACCCUCAACACUACAUUAGACACAUCGACCACCUUGACCCCAGACUCGACCCACCGACGAGCCAGGCGACGUCAAGACCCGCUCGGACCAUCCGACCGCGACUUCGACCGCAUAGCUAGACACAUAACCCGCUUUGACCCCCGGCCCGGCAUACCUACAAACACCCGGUCAUACCUACGCGUCAUCGAAUUUCACGCCGACCGCAUACCACACGCAUCCCAAGAUGACAAAAUAUUCUUGAUUAGACUCACGUCCAAUGGAGAGGUGAAUGGCUUCAUCGAAAGGCAACCAAAGGCUAUAAAACACGACUACAACGAGCUCUGCAAAGCCAUCCUAGCAGAAUACUCAGACUACGGCGCCUCCGGGACCCUCACGGCAGCCAUGGCAGUCAAACAAGCUCACAACGAGCUUGCGGAAUGCUACUACCACAGGUUGCGACAGGCCUUCUUCGGCAACCGAAACUACGAAGGGAUGGAGGAAGACACGAAUUUCAGGGCCCUGUACCUCCAAAACCUCCACCCCAACCUUAGCCAGCUACUGGGCGUGUACGCCUGCCCCCUUACACAGGACAUACGGCAACUGAAGACCCUGGUGGCACGAGCACAAGGCAAACAUCGCAUUCAACACGCAUCCGCUCCUAUUGGGCCAGGACCUUCUAAAUCGAUUUAA